CCGGCAUGUUAGAUCGUAAAUGUCCUGCACUCUUGUCCGUACACUGCGUACGCUUGGGAGCGACGGGACAGGUAGAAGAAUUGACUACAAAGGCAAACGAAUGCAUUCCACAAAGAUCCGAGUAUGUGCUGCCCAUCUCUAGAUCUACUAGAUAUACCGUAACUAGUCGUCGGUCUUGAAGAUUUGACGUGACUCAGCGCCAGAUGUCUUUGUACAUUAUAUUUACUAAUAUAGGUCUUGAAACAGCGCAAACAUGUUCAACAAGAAUCCCCAUCAAGUUUGACGUAGUCGAGUACCAAUUCGUUGGACAACGUACUCAUUGAAUUAUGUACUCAUGAUGGCGCGCUUGUUUCAACGUGGGAUCAACUAGUACCGGUAUUUUGACUGAGUGUAAGACUAGGCAAGUUGCCGACAUAGUCAAGCUCGGUGAAAGAAAUGGCCAUCCCCCCGAAAAAAUUUGCUCUAGUAUUCUGGCCCGAAGAACGGCAGUACUCUGUCGUGGAAUCUAGUGACCUGGUCGACAGAAGGGCAGAAGUUGGUGAAACGACUAUGGUUCGCUGGGGAGGCUCUGUGUAUCCAGCAAAAAUUCUGAAAGUUUCAGAUAGACGAGGCUCUCUUGCACACGAGGUCGACGUGCUCGUGAAGAAUCUGGAAAUGGAGCAGGGAAACGAAAAAAGACGACCGAAAAAGCGGUCGUUUACAGAGGUCGAUGUCUUCUCCAGCUCUUCGUCAGCUGAUGAUGACGAUCCCCCACCCGCUAAGAAACUGCCCAGAUCUAACCGAGCACGUUCAACUGCUCGGUAUCAAUGUGGACUAAUGGUGUCAGAAAGAAUGGACCCGGAUUCACCUGCAGCUGCAGACUUGGAACAGCAUUGCGAGCCUGACAAAGAUUCAGAAGAGAUCAAUAUUGAAAGCAUCACGCAUGACUGCGCUCAGCAAGAUCAACCCUCUGAACAAUUAAAUUUACGACAACGAGUACAACGGCUGGAAGACACUGUGAGAAAGAUGGUAGAUAACUUGAAAAAGAUCAUUAAUAGAAGAACUAGAAAUGAAGAAUUAGGGAGUGACAACGAGAAUGAAGAUGGCAACAAUAUAGACAUGCCUUUGUUGAAAAGAAAAUGCAGAGCUGCAUCAUCCGCUCCCGUCGCUGUGAGAGAGUUAGCUGCAAUUGUCUUUACAAAAGACGAAUUAAUUAGCAGCAGUGUACGUGGUCUGAAAACCCACAAAGAUAAACAAGCAAAGCCUUGCCUGCCACCAAAGAAGCUUGAAAAAUUACACAUCAUUAUCAAGAAGUACCAUGACAUUUCCAGUGGAAAGAUCAACCAAAUCCUGGGAGACAAAAUGAAGUAUUUAAGAGUACAAGGCAACCAAUGACAUUGCAUGAAUGCGUAUUAUAGCUAAAAGAGUAUGUUGAGAUGUUAAUUGUGGAAUACAGAG